AUGAGGGAGACCUGUGAGGCUGCUUCUCAAGUCAAUUGGUUUCCUUUUUUAAAUAUUACGGUGCAGACGUUUGGGUUGCCAUAUACACAAUCCUCGCAAAAUUGUACUCCAAUUCGUUCCUUUCAGCGUAUGAUUUUUACAGUGCUCCCUUGA